UGUGUGCCAAAUAUAACUGCACUUCACAAAUGUUAUCUAGCUAAUAAAGCUAAUCAGACAAUUUAUAACUAACCCCCCGCAGCUUUAAUCAAGGAAGGUGCCAAAAUGACGGCUGAGUUUGGUGCAUUGCAAAAAGCUUGGCUACUAAAUCGUUUGCUAAUUGUAAGCACCGAUUGUGAGUUCAAUGAGCAACUGCUGAUGAGUCAGGAGCCCAACAAUUUUGUCAAGCAUCAGCUUUAUAAGCUAUUGAUACCCUGGCUGGGCAAUGGUUUGCUAUUGAGCAAUGGCAAGCUGUGGCAUCAGCGUCGAAAGAUUAUCACGCCCACCUUUCACUUUGGCAUACUCGAGCAGUUUGUCGAGGUGUUCGAUCAGCAAUCGAAUAUUUGUGUGCAGCGCUUGGCGGAGCAGGCAGAUGGCAAAACUGCAUUCGAUGUGCACUCGUAUGUGUGUGCAGCUGCCUUGGAUAUCAUAGCAGAGACUGCGAUGGGCACAAAGAUUUAUGCACAGCAGGCCAAGCGUACGCCCUAUGCGGAUGCAGUGAAUGAAUGCACAGCUUUGAUGGCUGAGCGCUUUAUGUCUGUUUAUCAGCAGCAUGAUUUGCUUUUUAACUUAAUCCAUCCGCUGCGCAGGCGGCGUCAGAACAAAAUCAUAAGCAUUAUGCAUGAGUUUACUAGAAAUGUUAUAGAGCAGCGGCGCAACGCUUUGGAGGCACAACAGCAACAACAACAACAGCAAAUUGCACAUACAGACGAUUUGGGCUGCAAGCGUCGCAUGGCUUUGCUGGAUGUGCUGCUGCAGGCUCGCGUGGAGGGACGUCCUUUGAACAAUGAGGAAAUACGCGAAGAGGUGGACACGUUCAUGUUUGAAGGACAUGAUACAACAACAAGUGCGCUUAGCUUUUGUCUGUGGUUAAUAUCGCGACAUGCUGAAGUGCAGGCCAAGCUGUUGGCUGAAGUAUUGCAGGUGCUGGGUGAGGAUCGCAGCUGCGCCGUCAGCAUGCGUCAACUCAAUGAGCUCAAGUAUAUGGAGUGUGUUAUAAAGGAAUCGCUGCGUCUGUACCCGCCAGUGCCAAUUGUGGGACGUAAUUUGCAGGCGGAUUUCAAAUACACACACUCUAAAUAUGGCGCAGGUGUCAUACCCGCUGGCACCGAAGUUUUAAUCGCAUUAAUUGGUACGCACUGCAAUCCGCAAUAUUACCAAGAGCCGGAACUUUUCAAGCCCGAGCGCCAGGAAACAAACGAACGUAGCUCAAGCUACAGUCUAAUCUACUCGCCCUUUAGCGCUGGACCACGCAAUUGCAUUGGCCAAAAGUUUGCGCAGCUGGAGAUGAAAAUGCUGUUGGCCAAGCUAGUGCGAGAGUUUGAGCUGCUGCCGCUGGGUGCGAAUCUGGAGCCUGUCAUCAAUAUAGUCUUAAGAUCGGAAACGGGCUAUCAGCUGGGCAUGCGCAAAAGGAACUUGCUGAUCGCUUUGGUUGUGCUGCUGCUUAGUUUGGGAUGUCUUCGAUAUUGGAGUCAGCGCAAGCGACGCGCUGCUGUGGCCAAUUUGCCAGGACCUUAUUGUGCGCCCUUGAUUGGAGCCAUUUAUUUGAUGCGCAAUUUUAAUGCCAAGUCUUUUCUGCAAGAGAGUCGCAAGCAUUUGGCACAGCUGGGCGCACUGCAGCGUCUUUGGGUAUUCAAUCGCUUGGUUAUAAUGAGCAGCGAUCAAGAGUUCAAUACGCAAUUACUCGCGAGUACAGAGUCCAGCUGUUUGGUCAAGCAUGAGCUCUACCAGCUGAUGAAGCCCUGGCUGGGCAAUGGUUUGCUGCUAAGCUCGGGCAGGCAGUGGCAGCAGCGCAGAAAGAUUAUCACGCCCACCUUUCACUUUGGCAUACUCGAGCAGUUUGUCGAGGUGUUCGAUCAGCAAUCGAAUAUUUGUGUGCAACGCUUAGCGGAGCAGGCAGAUGGCAAAACUGCAUUCGAUGUGCACUCGUAUGUGUGUGCAGCUGCCUUGGAUAUCAUAGCAGAGACUGCGAUGGGCACAAAGAUUUAUGCACAGCAGGCCAAGCGUACGCCCUAUGCGGAUGCAGUGCAUGACUGCGGUGCCAUCAUAGCUUGGCGCUUUCUCUCCAUUUAUCUACAAAAUGAGCUGCUCUUUAGCUUAGCGCAUCCGCUGCUGAAGCUGCGCCAAAGCAAACUCAUCAAUCUAAUGCAUGAGUUUACCAGCAAUGUGAUUGAGCAACGUCGUCGCGCUUUGCAGCAGCAACAAUUGAAUGAUUCUGUAGAUGAGCUGGGCUGCAAGCGUCGCUUGGCUUUGCUGGAUGUGCUGCUGCAGUCGCGCAUUGAUGGGCGCCCACUAACCAAUGAAGAAAUAAGAGAAGAGGUGGAUACUUUCAUGGUGGCAGGACAUGAUACAACAACAAGUGCGUUAAGCUUUUGUCUGUGGUUAAUAUCGCGACAUGCUGAAGUGCAGGCCAAGCUGUUGGCUGAAAUUUUGCAGCUGCUGGGUGAGGAUCGCAGCGGCGCUGUGAGCAUGCGUCAACUCAAUGAGCUCAAGUAUAUGGAGUGUGUUAUAAAGGAAACACUGCGGCUUUAUCCUUCAGUGCCUGUCGUAGGACGCACUUUACAAGCGGACUUUAAGUAUACUCACUCUAAAUUCGGUGCUGGUGUUAUACCCGCUGGCUCGGAGAUUAUAAUGUCGCUUAUACUUAUGCAAACCGAUGCCAAUUACUAUGCCGAGCCAGAGCUGUUCAAGCCCGAAAGAUUUGAAAGCAGUCAAAGCUCAGCUUAUGCGCCCUUUAGCGCUGGACCACGCAAUUGUGUGGGCCAAAAGUUUGCGCAGCUGGAGAUGAAAAUGCUGCUGGCCAAGCUGGUGCGAGAGUUUGAGCUGCUGCCGCUGGGUGCGCAUAUAGAGCCAGUGGUUAGCAUAGUGCUAAGAUCGGCUACGGGCUUCCAGUUGGGCAUGCGCAGGCGACAAAGCGAGCAGGCAAAAAAUCUUUAAAGAAUUUUUUAUGUAGUUGCCUGUAUUUUA